AUGGCUUUCCAGGAGCCCCUGGAGGAGGAUCUCCGGGACCCCCUCCCCCGCCGCCACCUUUCGGCAGUGCUGCUGGACCCGCUGAUGGCGUUGAAGGCCGCGGAGCUCCCGAAGUUGGAGUGGAAGGGGAGCUGGCUUCAACGCAUCACCAUGGACCUCGGCGGCAUGCACUACCUCAUCGAGCGGCACUGGGAGAAGGUGCUGGAGGUCGUGCAGGACGCCUACAUGAGCUAUCUUCGGCAUGGGCCGUUGGAUCGCCCUGCGAUUCGUCCUGCUCAGCCCCGUCAGUGGAUUGAUGCCGGGCUGGACGCUGUAAAUUUCAACAGUUGCGAGUUGAGGUUAAGAGGGAUCUUGAUGGCGUUGGUGCCAGAUGGCGUCAGGCAGGCGUGCUUGAGCACGAGGCAGACGGCGACCACCGACAUCGUUUUCGCCGCCUACGUGGACGCAGGCCCGAGGACAGGAACUGACAAGGACUACACGCUGAACGCCGUGAACACGGCGAAGGAGGUGGAUACGAGGCUGGUGUACGAGGAGUUGCAGAAAUGGAAGUUCGCAGCGACUCGUCUUGCUCGGAUGGGCGUGACGCCGCCGGACCCGAGUCGACAGCUGGCCUCGCUGAAGAAGAUCGUUAACUGGAUGCUCGAGAAGGACCAGGAGGUCAAGCACUGGUACUUUGCGUUCAUCGUGAGCCGCAACAUGACAGGAGGUCUCAUCAGCCAGGCUCAAGUGGAUGAGUUGUGGCGCUACCUGCCGGCCGAGGCUCGCGAGUUCGCCGGCGCUGGCCCUGAUAAAGAGAAGUUGGACCCUGCUGCCAAGGCCGCCAGAGCGGAGGCAGCACGACUCGCUAGAGCCUCCAAGGGGGAUCCGAAAGGAGGUAAAGGGGACCCCAAAGGAGGUAAGGGCGACCCGAAGGGCAAGGGCGACAAGGGCGGCAACGGCGGCAAGGCCAAGACCGACCAGAGCGCAUCCGGGAGCCCUCCCAAGAAGGUCUGCACCUUCUUCGAGACGGCCGAGGGCUGCUCGAAGGGGGCACUGUGCACGUUUGGCCACCGCAAGUUGGCCCCCAGCGAUGGGAAGUGCUUCAACUGCGGCGCGACGGCUCACAAGUCGUCGGAGUGCACUCGGCCAAAGGCGGCGGCGAAGGCAGCGCCGGCUCCUCCCUCGAAUGCCCAGGCGUCUUCCCCGACUCCGAAGACUCCGACGGGCACGGUCGAGCAGGUCGCGGCGCAGACGGCCCGAGCUGAAGUUCGUGCUGAGCUGUUGAGCCUGCUGCAGAUGGGGGACGCGCUGCAGCCUCCAUCGACCUCGCGGGCUGCUGUUGCCAGCGAUUUCUGGGACUCGGUUCCGAUGUCCCCGGAGGCCUCUCCGAGAACAUCCCGCACGGACGGCCCCGCUGCGAGGACAGUGAGCGUCCGCGCGAAAGUGAUGACGGCCGGCGGCAAGCGGAUGCUGCUGGCGGAUACCGGAGCCACCCAUGAGCUUCGAGGAGUGCGGGACCUGACCGACGUUCACCCCCGAGCUCACGACGUGAGGCUGAAGACGGCCACCGGAGAGCAGCCCGCCAAGAUGCACGAGGAGAUCGUGUACGUGAAGGGCGAGGGCCUCCAGGAGCUGUUCCCGCUGGCAGCAUACAUCGAGCAGCUGGAGCUCGAGAUGGUGUGGAACACCGCGGAGUGCAAGGUUCGCAUGCGCGAUGGUCGGGAGUUGCAUCAUCAUCGCGAUGGCGGCUCGAUCUAUAUCUCGGAGGAGGACGCCGACGUGCUCAGGACAGCGCGGCGUGCGCAGCAGAGGCACACAUUUCGAGCGAGGCUCGUCGCCUUGGCUCGCAACCUUCAUGGGGCGGCCGAGCUUCAGAGGCACCGCGAGGAGGGGCACUUGAAGUUCCUCGCUUCGUGCAGGGAGUGCCGAGGAGCGGCAGGGCGUCUGAGGCAGCACUUCAGGCACGAUGUCUCUACCAGACCUGGUGGCCAGCUGAGCGUUGACCUCUCGGGCCCUCACUUGCCAGGGAGGUGGCCCUCAGGGCGGCCGGAGGACGUCCCGAAGCAGGCCGUCCACUUCGUGCUGGGCGCGUUCUCGGUGAUGAGCGAGACGGAGAUGGAGGUGUUGCGGAAGCGCGAGGAGGAUGCUAGGAGAGGUGCUGCUGCUGGAGGUGCUCUUCAGGACGAGGGGCAAAGGGCAGAGAGCAGUGGUGACUUAGCUGCGCGAGUUGCCGCCGCGUUCGGGGUGGAUUCCUUGGACGGGCUCUGCUUGCCGGUGAACGCGGCGACUGUGAGACCAGCGGCCGAGGAGGAGGAGGCAGCUGGCGACGCAGCCCCAGAGGGAGGAGGUAAAGCAGAGGAGAAGCAAAAGGAGGGGCAGCGCGAGGCCAAGAAGACGUGGUACUACGUGCUCCCGCUGGAGAACAAACAGGCUUCGACUUGCAUAAAGGCCCUCGAGCGCAUCAUCGCCCAGAUCCGCUCCGAGUUCGAGGGCGCGGACGUGGUGUACAGGAUCCACGGGGGCCGGGCGAGCGAACUCACAGGGACGCUGGUGAAGGAGCACUUCGCCAAGAAAAAAGUGGUGGUAACAUCCACGCCUGGCUUCGAGGCCGAUGCAAACGGCCGCGCCGAGAAGGGAGUGGGCCUCACGAAGCUGAGGGCUCGCGCAAUGCUGCUGUCCUUCGAGAACGUGGAGGACCGCCAGGCUGCGUGGCCGAUGGAUGCGGCCUGGUGUAGCCGCAUGGAGGCGCAGGGGCGCGAAGUGAGGUGUCCUGCAUUUGGCGACCGGGUGACGUCUCGCGUCAAGGACGUGCCCUGGUCGAUGCUGUCCGAGAGGGCCGUGGAGGGUAUUUUCUUGGGCGUGGACCUUGAAUCGCCCAACGCGUGGCUUGUUGGUCGCAAGAACACGCUGGCGGUGGAGGAGCUUUUGUUCGUGGCGACGGUGAUGCAUACUCGUGCCCAGCUUGCCGAGGGCGUCAUGUGGCUCAUACUCGCGACCACCGUUGCCGACGAGGCCCAGGAGGUGCUGGAGCGGCUCUACCAGGAGAUCGUAAAGGACGGCGGGGCACAAGUGAUGAGCCAGAAGUCGGUGAACGCCAGCUUCGGCGAGGAGCGCGAGGGCUGGAGACAAGCGCUCCAGGAAGAGCUGGACUCGUUGCGGGAGAAGGACGUGUUCUGGCCCCUCGGUGCUCGAGAGCGCGGUGGCAUCCGUGCCCAGGACAUCUUGCCGAUGUCGACGGUGUUCGCCAAGAAGCCUCCUGACGAGGCUGGUCUCCAGAGGAAGCGUGCACGAGCAGUGGCAUGUGGAAACUUUCAGACGGUCGUGGGCGAGGAGGAGCUCUACACCGCGAAUGUCGACAUCGGAUCCGGGUGGCACGUCGGAGCCCUCGACGUCAAGACGGCAUUCCUCAACGCCGACCUCCCCGUCGACCACAGGGAGAUCUUCGUGAGGCCGCCGGCAGCUCUCGUGAAGUUCGGCCUGGUGCCUCCAGGGGAGGUGUGGCGAGCCCAGAAAGCGAUCUAUGGGCUCCGGGCAUCGCCCCGAGCAUGGGCUGAGAAGCGGGACCACGAGCUCCUGAAGAUGACGGUUGAGCUCGAUGGCCGCCGAUGCCGGCUGCAGCAGUCGUCUGCCGACCCAGCUGUUUGGGCGGCUCGCGACCAGGAGACCGACGAGACGUUAGGCCCCCUCCUCGUGUACGUGGACGACUUCAUUCCAAUGGGCCCGAAGGGCUUGGUUGAGGCCCUCAAUGCUGCAGUGUCGGAGGUGUGGGCCACGAAGCUCCAAGGAGUUUUUGGGCCGUCGGAGCCUGGCGUGCUCAAGUACCUCAGCGUCGACAUCAAGGUUGGCCGCGAGGGGAUUUCUCUGUCGCAGUGCGAGUGCACCGAGGACAUGCUCCAGAAAUGGGGCCUCGGCGCACGCACGCCGACCGGAGGCCUCAACCUCGAGCGCGAGUCUUUCGAGAACUUCGAGGACGACGCGGACGACCCCCCAGAGACGGGCCAAGUCCGGCUAGCCCAGAGGAUGGCUGGAGGCCUCCUGUGGCUGGCAUCGCGAACUCGGCCAGACAUUUCUUUCGCUGUCAAUAGGGCCGCUGCGUUGUCCACCAGGCGCCCCGCCGAGGCCCUCAUGAUAGGCAAGCAGGUCCUUCGAUACCUGGCUGGCACCCGUGGCUUCGGUCUGUUUUACGCGGCGGGCGGCGCGGGUGACGCCGGGGAGACCGACAAGAUUGCGCUCAAGGUCUACACCGAUGCUUCGAUGGAGGAGGCCGGCGCCCAGAGCGGGGUGGCGACCACCAUGUUCGGCCAGGUCGCGGAUUGGAGGCGCACCCGCCAGGCGGUGGGGCCAUUCAGCACCGCCGAGGCGGAAGUCGAAGCAAUUGCGGUCGGGGAGAGGAUGCUGGGAGCUACGAGGGCCACCUUGGAGUCGCUGGGAUCCCCAGUGUCGCCGGAGAUGCUCGGCGACAACACGGCUGCGAACCUGGCGUCGUCAGGGCAGGGGUCGUGGAGGACCAGGUCUCUGACUACAAAAGUGCACGCGGUGCGCUCGCGCGUGCAGAAAGGUUUGAAGAUUACUCAGGUAGGCACCGCUGACCAGCGCGCCGAUGGGUUGACCAAGUCAGGCGGCCCGAAGGCGAUGUCGACUUUCAGGUCACACAUUGGGCUGCGCUCCGUAGUGUGA